AUGGCCGACAUCCUCACCCAGCUCCAGACCUGCCUUGACCAGGUUCGACCCCUCCAAACUCCAAACCCUAUGUGCAAAGCCGAGAUCCAAACCCCUGCUAACAAUCGAACAACCCAGCUCGCCACCCAAUUCUACGCAACACUAGGCUAUCUCACAACAUAUCACGACAAUGCCCCUACAACACCGCCGCCAAACAUUCCAGAUGCCGUACCAGCCUUGGCAAAAAUCACUAAGAACUCUUCAUCACCACCAGUUCCAGCAGCAAUCGCAAACACAGCAGCUGGCGCCGCAGCCGCACAGGGAUCUGGGUCUCCUCCCCUCGCGCGUCCCCAACAACCUGGCGCUGCGCCGGAAGCACCCGUAGAUGGAGAAGACCCUAAUCUCCCCCCGGCGCCAGACUCACCACGCACAUUUGCGAGCCGACAGCGAGAACUUGCGCGUGACCUUAUUAUCAAGGAACAGCAGAUCGAAUACCUAAUCUCUGUACUGCCGGGGAUCGGAGCCUCGGAAGGGGAACAGGAGAGCAGGAUUCGUGAAUUGGAGGGUGAGCUGAGGGUUGUCGAGACGGAAAGGGCUGCUAAAGUACAAGAGUUGAAGAAGCUCAGGACUCGUCUGGAGAAUGUGUUACAAGCUGUUUCUGUUGGUAUCUAUGGAGACAGUCAGUAUCAAAAGUGA